AUUCAGUUUGUGAUUUCCAGCCGCGGCUGACAGAUCGUUCGGACUUCGCGCAUUCGACCGAUUACGUGACUCGGGACGGGCUUUGUGAUUUGAAUUACAAGUGCUCUGCUAAUCAUAUAAUAAGUGCCUAAACAUACGGCUGAAAGCUUCAGUGUGAAUUCUAGUGCCGGGGAAUUCCCCCUUGUUUUUCCAGGAAUCGUUCAUUGGAAAGGAGACUUUUCAGUGUGGCGCAAGGUCGUCAUGGGACACCGCAAAAUGUGCCAUCUGUGGAGUUCAUCUGUGCUGCUGGUGAUAAGCUUGGCCUUUCUAGCCGGUGUAAAUUGUGAGGGAUUUUAUUCCAUCGUUUCGUCAAAUUUGUUACGCCCGAACUCGGAAUAUCAUGUUUCCGUCAAUAACCAGAACAUCAAAGAUCAGGUGCGCUUCCGACUCACGUUAAACAAUUCCGACAGUGGACAAGUGAUCGGUAGUGAGGAUCUUACUCUGGGACCGGGAGAAUCUCGUCUUGUUCCGUUUGCGAUUGGUGAUAUCUCGGAGGCACAGUACAAUCUGGUGGCCGAAGGGUUAUCAGGGUUCAUUUUUAAGAAUGAAACCAGCCUCACGUUCCAGCCGAAGAGCUUCUCAGUGCUGGUGCAAACGGACAAGGCAAUCUACAAGCCGAGCGAUACGGUACGAUUCCGUGUUUUGGUGCUGGAUCCUAACACUAAGCCACUGCAAAAGGUUGACACGAUCAAGGUACACAUCACCGAUGGCAAGAACAACCGACUUAAGCAGUGGACCGAUGCCAAGCUAACGAAGGGAGUUUUCGAGGGUGAGCUUCCGCUGUCUGAUGCACCGGUUCUCGGUCGUUGGCAAAUCUUCGUGGAGGUUCUGGGAACGACAAAGUCCCAGGAGUUUGAGGUCGACGAAUACGUGCUACCGAAGUACGAAGUGACCAUUGAAUCGCCCGGGAUCACCACCCUCAAGGAUGGCAAGGUGCGGGUCAUUGUGCGGGCCAAGUACACCUACGGAAAGCCCGUCAAGGGAGAAGCGACCGUAUCGGCGUAUCCCGAUUUCCGGUUCCACUACGUUCAGCCGUUUGAAAAGGAUGUGAUUACGCGGAAAACGAUCCCAAUCGAUGGCAAGGGUUCGACCGAAUUCGAUCUGGUGGAUGAGAUCAAUCUGAGCGGUGAUUAUACCAGGGAAAUUGUAGUCGAAGCCGUUGUCGAGGAAGAACUCACCGGUCGGAAGCAGAACGCCACAACUAAGAUCAAAAUCUAUGACAGGCGGUACAAGUUCGAUUUGAUCAAGAGUGCGGAAAAUUUCAAACCUGGACUACCAUACACAGCUUGGUUGAAGGGCUCGUUCCAGGAUGGGGCGCCGAUUCAGGACGCGACCAACCAAGUUAUUGUUACCCAGGAAGCUGGAUGGCCCCGACGAAAUGUCAGCAGGGACAGCUACACCUUGGAUAAGAAUGGAAUGGCAAAACUAAAGAUCAACACCGACGGUGAAACUGAUUCGAUUGAUUUGAAGGCCGAAUAUUUGGGAUCGGAGUUCUAUUUGGGCAGUAUCUCCAAGGGAUGGAUCAAUACCAAGGCCUACUUGCGGGCCAAGGUCCUGACAGAUGCGCCAACGAUCAACAAGGAUGUGUCGGUUGAGGUUUCCGCAACGAUUCCGAUGAAAUCCUUCAGCUAUCAGAUUUUGGGUCGUGGCGAUGUGAUCAUCGGUGGAACGAUUCCAGUGCCAGACGCAAAAACACACACCUUCCGCUUCCCGGCCAGCUUUGCGAUGGUUCCCCGAGCCCGGCUUGUGGUUUAUCUGAUCCAAGACGACGGUGAACUGAUUAGCGACAAAGUUGACAUCGAGUUCGGGAACGAUCUGCAGAACUAUCUUAAAGUAACGCUAUCGAAAUCGCAAGCCAAACCGGCUGAGGAUGUUGACAUCACUAUUGAUACCAAUUCGGACUCGUACGUCGGAUUGCUCGGAGUAGAUCAGAGUGUUUUGCUGCUGAAGAGCGGCAAUGAUUUGACCUCGGAUAAGGUAUUCAAUGAGCUGAAAAUGUACGAAGAACGCAGCUACGGUGGUUUCCGGAAGAAGCGUUUCGCUCCCUGGUAUCAUCGUCCGAAUUUCGAAGAUUUCAAUGGUGCUGGAGCAGCAAUAAUGACGAAUGCCAACGAACCACCACGAAAGACUUAUGAAAUGAAAAGGAUUCAUAGUUCGAGAAUUGAAAGUUCACCGGUUCCUAUCCGUGGGAAAUUGUUGAUUUUUCGUAGACCUCACCUCGCUUGGUGGCGACACUAUCGUUCUGAUACACCUCACCUCGCUCAUUGGCCAUAUUUUCGUUCUUCUGGUAUCUUCGAACUACCGCCUUGGAUUGCGAGUGACCGCUCGAUAUUUCCGUACUCUUUAAUGGUACCAGCAUCGGAAGAACAGACGGCUUCUUUCAUACCGCUAAGGUCAAACAGACGGCCUUCGUCCCCUGUGCCAGAGAUAGUGGUUGUCCCUGAGCCAAAAAUUGAACCACGGAAAAUAUUCCCAGCAACAUGGCUGUGGGAAAAAUUUGCCGUCAGCUUCUCUGGUCAAAAAAACAUUACGAAAAAGGUCCCCGAUACCAUUACGUCAUGGAUCAUUACCGGGUUCUCGGUGAAUCCAGUUUACGGUCUCGGAUUGACCCAGCAGCCUCGCAAAUUGAACGUCUUUCUGCCGUUCUUCGUCUCCACCAAUCUGCCAUAUUCGGUGAAGCGAGGCGAAGUCGUGGCCAUCCCCAUUGUCGUCUUUAACUACAUGGACACGGAUCAGUUCGCCGAAGUGACCUUCCACAACACCGAACAGGAGUUCGAGUUUGCCGAUGUCGAGAAUGAAAUUCUUGAAAAUCCUAAGCUGGAAUUGUUCCGCAAGACAAGCGUCAGCAUCCCGGCGAACAGUGGCAAAACGGUGUCGUUCAUGAUCAAACCAACCAAGUUGGGUCAGAUCACGAUCAAGGUGGUGGCAGUGACCAAAACGGCUGGCGAUGGUGUCGAGAGACAACUGCUGGUGGAACCGGAAGGCUUGCCGCAAUACGUCAACAAGGCAACGUUCAUGGAUCUUCGAUCUGCCCCGGAGGUAACCAAGAACCUUACAGUGGAGGUGCCGAAGAAUGCCGUCCCGGAUUCUACACGGAUUGAAAUUUCCGCUAUUGGUGACGUUCUUGGAUCAACAAUCCAGAAUCUUGACUCGUUGAUCCGGAUGCCGUACGGUUGUGGAGAGCAGAACAUGUUGAACUUUGUACCGAACAUCGUUGUAUUGGAUUACCUCAAGAGCACAAAUCAGCUGACAGCCAAAAUCGAAGAGAAGGCCAAAAAGUUCAUGGAAGCAGGCUACCAGCGGGAGUUGACCUACAAGCACGAUGACGGAUCGUUUAGUGCUUUCGGAAAUUCGGAUCCCAGUGGAAGCACUUGGUUGACCGCGUUUGUGGCGAGGUCGUUCAAGCAAGCAGCAAGUCACAUCAGCGUUGAUGAAGCGGUUAUCGAUCGGUCAUUGCAGUGGUUGAGUGAGCAACAGGCUUCCAACGGUAGCUUCCCUGAAGUGGGCAAGGUUUCGCACAAAGAUAUGCAAGGUGGUUCUGGGCAAGGUAUCGCUUUGACGGCUUACACCUUGAUCGCUUUCUUGGAGAACACAAAUCUACGCUCGAAGUACAACAAUGUAAUAAACAAGGCUUUGGAUUACAUCGUAAGAAAUACUGACGGAUUGGAAGAUACGUAUGCCCUGGCUAUUGCAGCUUACGCCUUACAAUUGGCUAAGCACAGCGCUAAGGACUUCACUUUGUCUCAACUGGAUACCAAAGCUACAACCGAUGGAGACACUAAGUGGUGGCACAAACCGAUUCCUGAAUCCGAUAGCAAGAACCCAUGGUACGGUAAGCCCAAUUCGGUGAAUGUUGAAAUGUCUGCUUAUGGCAUGUUGGCAUUCCUGGAAGCUGGUCUGGACACGGAUGCUCUACCGAUUAUGAAGUGGUUGAUUUCGCAGCGUAACGAUAAGGGAGGAUUCCAAUCUACUCAGGAUACCGUUGUAGGAUUGCAAGCGUUAGCUAAACUGGCUGCCAAAAUUUCAUCCGGUAACAACGAUGUUACCAUUGUGGUUUCUUUCAACAACCAACAACGCGAGAUCAAGGUCAACGCCCAAAACAACAUGAUUUUACAGAAGUUCGAACUGCCGUCAUCAGCUAAAAACAUUGACAUCAAGGCUACUGGAAAAGGCUUUGCCAUCGUUUCGUUGUCAUACAAGUACAAUAUGAAUGUGACCGGAGAAUGGCCACGAUUCGUAUUGGAUCCACAGGUCAACCGUAACUCAAAUCCUGACUAUCUGCAUUUGACUGUUUGCACCAAUUUUGUCCCGACCGUUGGACAGAACUCUUCAAAUAUGGCCGUCAUGGAAGUUGGAUUUCCAAGUGGGUUUACUGCUGACGAAGAUACGUUGCCGUCAUUGGAGAAGAUGGACUACAUCAAGAAAGUGGAAUUGAAGGACGGCGACACAAUUGUUGUUCUAUACUUUGACAGCCUGGAUCGUAACGAGCUAUGCCCGACAAUUUCCGCUUUCCGUACCCACAAGGUGGCCAAACAAAAGCCCGCACCGGUUAUGAUCUACGAUUACUAUGACAACACUCGUAUUGCCCGGCAGUUCUACGAAGGGCCCCAGGCCACACUUUGUGACAUCUGUGAUGGUGACGAAUGCAAGGACGCUUGCAAGAUCAAGCCGCAGAAGCAACGGUCCACCAACGAGAACAAUCAAUCAGCGAAGAUGAACGGUUCCAUGAUGAGCAGUGGUGGCAAGCAAGUGUCAUCCUACGGAGCACUUUUGGGCAUGAUGGCGGCACUGAUGCUGCGUUUCGUGUUUUAAGUUUAAGUUAGUGUUACUUCUACGUGUGGCCAGCAGAUAAAUAAGUUUCCAAAUUUACACUACACAUGACAGUUUGUCUGUAAGACAGAUGUGAUUAAUUUUAUAACAAGUUUAUCCCAACAAAUGAAUCAGGAUUGUAAUUUUGAAGACAACAAAUAUUUUAAAGUAAAUAAAUCAAACACACACUGAUAAAGAA